CAAUUUGGCAAGAUUUUAGACGUGGAGAUUAUUUUUAACGAGCGAGGCUCCAAGGGCUUUGGGUUUGUAACAUUUGAAACGAGUGCAGAUGCUGACCGUGCACGGGAGAAACUAAAUGGUACAAUCGUAGAGGGACGCAAAAUAGAGGUCAAUAAUGCCACAGCCAGAGUAAUGACCAACAAAAAGGUGUCAAACCCCUAUACGAACGGUAAGAUUUCAGCCUUUUUUCCAUCCCUUCUCAGUUCUUUUGUACAUCUUCUGAUAGCUGCUUUCAUUUCAUUCUUCUCCUUCUCUUAGUGCUUUCUGUUUUCUCCACUCUCCAGUUUUCUUGCCCAUCAUCGCAUUCCACUGCCAGUAUCAGACCUGGCUACAUUACAGAGCAACAGAUCGUAUGGUCGUGUAGAAGGAGUAUCAUUAUGAUCCAAUUUUACCCAUUGAACUUGGACUGUGAAGGGAGAGGAAACCAAAAGCUACAAACGGAAGCCAGGCAGCAGAUUCAGAUUCAUACAAAAAGAUUUGUUCACAUUUGAUUAAUGGAAUCAAUAUUUGCCAAAGAGGCAGUCAAUUUGGUUUGAAAUAUCAUGCAAAUAGCAAAGUGAUAUCUGUUCCUACUCGGCAGGGAUAAAAGGAAAA